CUUGGGAGCCUGGGGGCCUGGGAGCCUGGGGGCCUGGGAGCCUGGGGGCCUGGGAGCCUGGGGGCCUGGGAGCCUGGGAGCCUGGGGGCCUGGGAGCCUGGGGGCCUGGGAGCUUGGGAGCCUGGGAGCUUGGGAGCCUGGGGGCCUGGGAGUCUGGGGGCCUGGGAGCCUGGGGGCCUG